UGCAGCCCUCACUCGGAGAGGCAGCGAGGGCUGGGAAGGCAGGAAGGAAAGAAGGAAGGAAGGAAAGAAGGAAGGGAAGAGGGAAGGGAAGAGGGAAGGAAAGAGAUAAGGGGUCUGUCCUGGAGACGCCAUGGCCGCCCGCACCGUGCCCCACGCCUACCCCAUGAGCUCUGAGUACGAGUUUGCCAACCCCAGCAAGAUCUACGACCAGAACUUUGGAGAAGGUGUGUCCCCGUCGGAGAUUUUGGCCCCUGCCCUGUACCACGGCUACUACAUCCGGCCCCGCAUCAACAAGCAGCUGGAGAGGGGCACCUCGGAGAUCUGCCUGAACCAGCACAAGUUCCAGGUGUUCCUGGACGUCUGCCAGUUCCUGCCCGACGAGCUCAGCGUGCGCACCGUGGACAACCUGCUGGAGGUGGCGGGGCAGCACCCGCAGAAGGCUGACCGCCACGGCUUCGUCUCCAGGGAGUUCACCAGGACCUACAUCCUGCCCCUGGACGUGGACCCGCUGCUGGUCAGGGCCACCCUGUCCCACGAUGGCAUCCUGAGCAUCGUGGCUCCCCGCACGGGCAAGGAGGUGAAGGCCAGAGUGAACGAGGUGGAGAUAACCCAGCAGGAGCAGCCCGUGGGGAAGGAGGAAUGGGCUGAGGAAGGAAAAGAGAAGGAAAAGUCCUAAAGGCCGCAGAGCUGGGAAGGUGGGGGGGACAGGGAUGGGGAAUCCGCAGCGCCAGAGCCCUGUUUGUCACCAUCAGUGUUCAGCAGGGCCCUGAGGCAGCCACACUUCUGCUUCUCGAGGCUGGUGGCUGGGAACAAAAGGGACUUGGAACUGGAAAAAAGAGUGGGGCUGAAGUGUGAGUGUGAGUGACUGCAAUGCAAGUUUUCUAGGGGUCAGGUGAGCAUGCAGGGAGCUCACUCCUCCCUUACCUGUGAGGCUGUGUCCCAAUGGACCGAGCUCCAGCCCAGAAGGGCACUGGGAAGAAAGCAAAGGGGAUCCCAGUGCUUCUGAGCUGGGGGCUGAGAUUCCUGCAAGGGGGGUGUUGAUCUGUGAAAGUGCCUGCAGCAAUCAGGAGGAGAGAGGAAUAAAUCUGCCUCUGCUCUUC